AUGUCAUUGGAGAACCAAGAAGAGAUGGUAGAACAGUCGUGGUUGUCGUUGAUGCCAGUGGGCCUGGGCUUCCUCAAGAUCGACGACCAUGACCAGUAUGUCUUGCCUCGGCCUCUCGCCAGGGUUGAAGGAGGUGUGCAAGUCGACAACAUGUAUGGCAUGGCAGCCUUCCAUCAGCUGCAUUGCCUGAAUCUCAUCCUCCGCUCAUACAUGAGAUAUCAGCAUGGUGUCGCUCAGCCCGAGACACUCCAAGAGCGCCAUAUAUUCCACUGCUUCGACUACAUCCGCGUAGCUUUGAUGUGCUAUGGUGACACAGCACUUGAGGGAGCAGAUCCUGGAGAUGAAGGCCUCCAUGGAACAGAAGGCUGGGGAGUCACCCAUGUUUGCAUAGAUUGGGAUGCGCUGUUUGACAUGGCGGUUGACAGAGCAAGGCCGUUGGAUGAUUUGGGGAGAGAACUUGGUAUCUUCCCGUGA